UGCAGAGUUUUAAAGUCUUGCCGAUCAUGGUUAUGCAGACGCUUGUUUUUAAAAAGAAGGGUCAGCUUUUUGACCCUCAAUAACAUGCCUCAGAAAAAGAAUAUAUGUAAUACAAAUAACUUGUAUAACAUAACCCCAAGUAGAGAGACUUUUUUCCUGUUUAAAGACCGACCAUCUAGAUUAUGGAAUGUUGGUGCAAGAAUUGCUUGCUUUGUAGUCAUAGGUUACAGCAAAGUUUGGGCAGGAUUGCUGAACACAUACAAAAUCCAUAAUAAGGAGAGAUUAUACAAAUGUUUGUACGACAGAGAAGAGAAAAGAGGACUUGUAACUGUUAGUAACCAUGACAGCUGUAUGGAUGAUCCGUUACUAUGGGGAUGUCUAAAGUGGAGAAAUACAGUUCAACCUGCCAAGGUACGAUGGAUAACAGCUGCUAAUGAUAUCUGUUUCACCAAGUGGUCCCAUGCUCUGUUCUUCAGUCUAGGAAGAGUAGUGCCAAUUAUAAGAGGAGAUGGGGUAUACCAGAGGAGUAUGGACUUUAUAAUUGAGAAAAUAAAUAAUGGGGACUGGACUCAUAUAUUUCCUGAAGGUAGAGUGAACAUAGACAAAAGCUUUAUUAGAUUUAAAUGGGGAGUAGGCAGACUGGUUGCAGAAGCCAAAAAAAUCCCUAUUGUCUUGCCAAUGUACCAUGUAGGAAUGGAUGAUAUACUUCCAAAUAACAAACCUUAUGUACCAAGAAUAAGAAAGAAGGUGACACUGUUGAUUGGACAGCCAAUGGAAUUUACAGAAGAUGUAGAAUUAAUGAGGCUCAUGAAGAAAACACCUACUGAAAUAAGAAAAUACAUAACAGACAAGAUACAAGAUGAAAUAUACAAACUAAAAGAAAAAGCAGAACGAUUGCAUGUUGAAUCAUUUCAAGAACAAGUUUGAUGAUAGUUUAUUUUAGUUUUGUUUUAAUCACCAAAGUGCUUCUUCCUUGUGUUUAUAUGAUUGGUUACUUGUACUGGGAGGAGAUGUGUGUGCGUUUGGAUGAUCAGCACAGAAUAUAUGUUGGCCUAUAUACUCUAAACUUAGAAAUUAUGAAAGAUCUGACUAUUCGAUAUUCAUUUUAUAAAUGAAAAAAAGUUUUCAUUGUAUUAUAAUAUUCUUUCAGUAUAUGGUUUUAUAUACUUGUAGCUCUGUCAUAUUUUGGAAGCUUGUCCAGAUACUGAAUUUACAGAACAUUUCUUUUUUUCAUUAUUUCAACAAAAAAAAUCUUUUUCAAAUAUAGUUGACUAGUGUUUUUGGAAUAAUGCAAUGAUACAAUUGAUUUCAUCAAUACUUUCAAAUUAUCAAACAAAAUUGGGGAUCACAGACCUUAUUUUCUUCAGAGAAAAAAAAAACACAAAUUGUCCUCUCAAAUUCAGUAUUAUUAGCUGCCCUUGAUAUUAACAGGAUUUUUUUCUGAAAUAAAAACUUUUGAGGCUUAUUAAUAGUUAAGUCUUUCAAUUUCAAGUUUUAGAUGUUUCUUUAGAAAACAGAAUGAUACUUGGUGAAACUUGGUUGUGCAACAUGCCCAGAAGGGUUGCUCAGAAAAAAAACACCCUUAAAUUGUCUUUAUUUCCUCAAAGUGUUAUACCUACUUCACAGUUUUAUCGUUGAAUGUUCUUAAUCACAUGAAUGAAUUUUGUUUCAGAAUAUAAUUACAUUAUUCUCAGGGUAUUUAGCACUAAUCGACCAUAUUUAUAUAUGUAUAUUUUCAACUGAAUAGA